CUGACUUCCUCAUGGCCUCGUGACGCCGCCGAAGUGGCUUAAGGCCGGGCGUGGAGCGCGAGGCGCCUCCGCGGUGUAUGUCGCAGCCGGUUUUUCAGGGCGGUUUUUGGCGCGCCUGCGAUGGCGGCGGUGGAGCCGGUCGCAGAAGAGACAAGUGUGACCGCAGUACCUGUGUCCGAUGCCUGCAGCAAUGUUGAGUCUUACGAAGUCGAAGGAGUUGGAGCCGCGGAUCCAGACAAGGACGGAGUCGCGAAAGGAGCGGAGGCCAUUGGAGACAGCGAGGAGGACGGGGAGGAUGUGUUCGAGGUGGAGAAGAUCCUGGACAUGAAGACCGAGGGAGGUAAAAUCCUUUACAAAGUUCGAUGGAAAGGAUAUACCUCAGAUGAUGACACGUGGGAGCCUGAGAUUCACCUGGAGGACUGCAAAGAAGUUCUUCUUGAAUUCAGAAAGAAAGUUGCGGAGAACAAAGCCCGAACAGUCAAGAAGGAUAUUCAGAGACUGUCAUUAAAUAAUGACAUAUUUGAGGCAAACUCCGAUAGCGAUCAGCAGAGUGAGACAAAAGAAGACACUUCCCCAAGGAAGAAAAAGAAAAAGUUAAGGCAGAGAGAAGAAAAAAGCCCAGAGGAUCUGAAAAAGAAAAAAGCAAAGACUGGGAAACUAAAAGAUAAAUCCAAACCAGAUCUGGAGAGUUCCUCCGAAAGUUUAGUUUUUGAUUUAAGGACAAAGAAAAGAAUUUUGGAAGCCAAAGAAGAAUUAAAAGAACCUAAAAAGGCAAAGAAAGAUGAAAUAAAGGAAACUAAGGAAUUAAAAAAGGUUAAAAAAGGUGAAAUGAGAGAUUUAAAGACUAAAAUAAGAGAGGAUCCCAAAGAAAACAGAAAAACAAAAAAAGAGAAAUCUGUUGAAUCUCUGUCUGAGUCUGAGUCGAUUGUAAUUAAUGAUUCUCCUCUUCAGGAAGACAACAAUGAAGAGUUAGUUUCUGACAACAGAGAUGAGGAACAAAAUAAUAAAAACGCAAAAGAUGCAGGGGGGCAGGAUGGAGUACAGGAGAUUGUUUUUGAGAAACAGGUAGAUGGCACUUUAAGUGCUGAGGAGGAUACUGAUAAUAGAAGCAGAAGGAAAAAAAAGAAACCAAGGAAGACUGAGGAUCCGAAAGAGAGCAAGAAGCUAGAAAACAAGAGUGUUUUCUCCGAGAAGAAAACCCUUCCUAAAAAGCCAAAGAAUCAAGACAAGGGCAGAAGUACCACAGAGUUGGACAGACUGACACCUGUGUCUGCCCAGACUCACAAGACUUCACGGUUAGCCGAGGAGGAGAGAGGCCUCAGGUCCUCCGACUCUGCUGAGGAGGAGAAAGAGACCCAAAAAAAUGAACCCAAAGAAAAAUAUCAAAAAAGGCAUGAUUCAGACAAGGAAGAGAAAAGCCGAAAAGAGCCAAAGGGAUUAAAGACAUUUAAGGAAAUUAAAACUGCAUUUGAUUUAUUUAAAAAAACUCCAGAAGAAAAAAAUGAUGUUCCUGAAAAUAGUCGGAAAAAAGAAGAACUACCACUGGAUUGUAAAACCACAGAAGACCAGAAAACCAAGGAAAACAAGCAGUCAAUGAAAGAGAGGAGGAAUACAAGAGAAGAAACUGAUACUUGGGCACACAUUGCAGCAGAAGGGGAUCCAGAGGUUUUGGACAGUGUGUGCCACUCAGACGAGAACCUGGAUGGCAGGCAACAGAUUUUGAGUUUGGGCAUGGACUUGCAGUUGGAGUGGAUGAAAUUGGAAGAUUUUCAAAAGCACCUUGAUGGGGAAGAUGAGAAUUUCACUAUUGCAGAUGCAAUUCCAAGUAAUUUGUUGAGAGAUGCUGUGAAAAAUGGGGAUUAUAUUACUGUAAAGGUUGCACUUAAUUCAAAUGAAGAAUACAACCUGGACCAAGAGGAUUCCAGUGGGAUGACACUGGUCAUGCUUGCUGCUGCAGGCGGGCAAGAUGACCUCCUGCGACUCCUCAUCACCAAAGGAGCCAAAGUGAACGGGCGGCAGAAGAACGGAACCACAGCCCUCAUCCACGCCGCGGAGAAGAACUUUUUAACAACAGUGGCUAUUCUUUUGGAAGCCGGAGCUUUUGUCAAUGUCCAGCAGAGCAGUGGUGAGACUGCACUCAUGAAGGCCUGUAAAAGAGGAAAUUCAGAUAUUGUACGACUUGUAAUUGAAUGCGGGGCAGACUGCAACAUUUUGUCAAAGCAUCAAAAUAGUGCUCUGCAUUUUGCAAAGCAGUCCAACAACGUGCUUGUGUAUGACUUGCUGAAGAACCACUUAGAGACACUCUCAAGAGUGGCUGAAGAGACAAUAAGGGAUUAUUUUGAAGCUCGCCUUGCUCUGCUAGAACCUGUUUUCCCAAUAGCAUGCCAUCGGCUCUGUGAGGGGCCAGAUUUUUCCACAGAUUUCCAUUAUAAACCCCCACAGAACAUACCAGAAGGCUCUGGUAUCCUGCUCUUUAUUUUCCAUGCAAACUUUCUGGGUAAAGAAGUUAUUGCUCGGCUCUGUGGACCAUGCAGUGUACAAGCUGUUGUUCUAAAUGAUAAAUUUCAACUUCCUAUUUUUCUGGAUAGUCAUUUUGUUUACUCAUUCAGCCCUGUUGCGGGCCCCAAUAAACUCUUCAUAAGGUUGACGGAAGCACCCUCAGCAAAGGUCAAGUUGCUGAUAGGUGCAUACAGAGUGCAGCUGCAGUGACCCCAUAAGAAGGACUGGAUGAAGUUCUCAGAUGCACCCCUAAAUUCUAUCUUGGGAGCAGUUUGGAAUUCUUCUGGCACAUCUUUCAAAUGUCAGGUUUCAUCUGUAAACCCCUUGGAAUUUUAGCCUGUCAUCUAUUAUAGUUUGUAAGGGGGCAUGGUGGCUCUAAUAUGUUAUAAAAUACAGAUGUAAGUAUGGGUGACAUAUUUGGAAACUUCAACAAUGUGUCCAGACUGCAUAUUUGAUUUUUUCCACAAUGUGGAAUGAUAUACAUGAGGAUUAUUUAAGAAAAUGAGUUUUUUAUUACUUGAAAUUUUCUACUAGCCCUGGUGAAUUUCUGUGCUUAAAAAGAAAAAAAAAAAAGCUAUGUGUAAAGUAGCUGAUCAAAACAAGAGAGGCAUGUUACAGGCAAUUUACUGAAUAAAUGUGGAUUUGCUGCCCCAAAGGAUGACUAAUCCCAUCCAACAUGGUGAUGGGAGGGAGGUCUCCACACAUGACCUUAUCCUUUCAGAAGGUAACAAGGGUCUAAGAAGCAGCAAGAAUGUAAACAGGACAUAAUAAAGCUUAAAGAGAUCUGCUUAUUCUCAGACUAAAUAAUUUUGAAAUGGUAGCUCCUGUGCCUGUCUGCAGCACUCACUGAGCCUUUGCCGUGCUGGUGCUGUGUCAUAUCAACACACAAGUUACUGCCUCUGUAGGUGACACCAGAGGUGUCAUCCUUGGUCCAUCCUUCCACUGAGGUAUUUGGCAAAUACACAUGAAGCCCCUUCUGGAUUAAGGAAGUUUUCUGAGUGCAACAUUAUGGUAGAUCCAUUGUGUACACAUAUCAAAGAACCAUUUUUACUGAACAGCCUAAAACUGCCUUUUCCUAUGCAUUUCUCAAUAAAAGACACUUCAUAUUUCGA